UGGUUUCGGGUGACCACGUGACUAGCUUUGUUGUGCUAAGUAGCAUUAAGGCAUGGCCAGCGCCAGGUAAGCUAUUUAAACUGUUAGAUACAUAGUCAUUCAGGAGAAGCGAUCUAUCUACAGGAGUCUGCAGUUGUAUGUAAGUGUGUUUAUUUCAUUGUUUUAACGUUGUUAUAGUGGUAUUCAUUACUAGAUCAUGUGCUGUUUGUUUACUGUCUUGAACGCGGGUCGCUUAGACGUGUGUUUGGUGUGUGUGCGCUAUAUUCUUGUCGACUUGUCCCAUAGUAUUCGCUGAUAGAAUUGUUAGACUUGUCACGUAAUAUUAAUUGCUAGAUUUGUUGUUAAAUUUGCUUAGAAUUCGGGUUGGUUAUCCUAUGUGUGGGUAAACUAUCGUCGUUUUAGUGUCUGCAAACAGUGCUUCACUUGUUUUAGAGUAUUAUUUAUUGCUAAAGUGCAGCAUAAUUUAUUUGCGCUGUACAGAAGUUGCGUUUGUUCCCGCGCAACCCUGAGUUUCGGUUUCGGGUGACCACGUGACUAGCUUUGUUGUGCUAAGUAGCAUUAAGGCAUGGCUGCUUUUUUCCACUGAACGGCUCGUAAAUGUGGUUAUUUAUUGGACUUAAUGCUGCCGCGGAAGCGGCAGCGGAAGUGGUGGCCCUCGUGUGAAGGCCUCCUUGUGUGAAGACCUACUUGGCGAAAGACCAGCGAAUCUACCUGUGCGAGUCCACCGAGCAAGGACACUGACAAGGCUCCACUCACCAAAGCACUUAAGUAUUUUUCUAUUCUAUCUCUUUUAUUAUUUUACUUAUACAUACAUACUAACAUGUCUAGUUCACUAAUAACACAUGCCUUCAAGCACAUCCCUGUUAUCUGUUGUAGACCGUUCACAAGAUACAGAUGCAAGACAAAACGCAACCCACACAACCUACGGCCGCUCUGCACUUCAACACCUGCUCCACUCUCGUUCUCAGUUGGACUCUGGAACUGCCAGUCUGCUGUGAACAAAGCUGCCUUCAUCCCAGCUUUCACCACACAGUCCACCCUCAGCAUCCUAGCACUGACGGAGACAUGGAUACGUCCUGAGGAUACAGCAACACCUGCUGCCCUCUCCAACAACUUCUCCUUCUUCCACACCCCUAGACAUACUGGUAGGGGUGGGGGAACAGGUCAGCUGACAAGCUUUCUUGAGGAAUUGGAUGUUCUGCUGUCCUCCUUGCCAGAGGAUGGCAGGCCACUUGUGGUUCUUGGCGAUUUCAACAUACACCAAGACAAACCCCAGGCCAUUGAACUGUAUACUCUUCUGGCCUCAUUUGACUUGGAAAGACUACACACCACAGCAACUCAAAGACCAGCACGGACUACACCACCCACCCCCUGGCUGUCUGACGUCCUUCGUGAACGUCGGACUGAUCUCAGGGCAGUUGAGAGGAGAUGGCGGAAAUCUAAAGACCCAGCUGAUUUAGCCCAACGACACCACAGUGACUGCUCGAAUCGCUGCCUGUCUGGCAGAUAUCUCGGCCUGGAUGAAGGAACACCACCUUCAACUCAACCCAGCCAAGCCCGAACUCCUUGUCUUUCCAGCCAAACCUGCUGUUGAACACAACAUCACCGUGCAGCUGGGUCCAACUACAGUUUCGCCUUCCAAAACGGUCAGAAAUCUAGGGGUAACCAUUGAUGAUGAGCUAAAUUUCACAGACCACAUUUCAAAAACUGCAAGAUCAUGUAGAUUUACACUCUACAAUAUCAGAAAGAUAAGACCCUUCCUCUCUGUACAUGCCACACAACUGCUCGUUCAGUCCCUUGUCAUAACUAGACUGGACUACUGUAACACUCUCAUUGCAGGCCUUCCUGCAUGUGCUAUUAGACCUCUGCAAAUGAUCCAGAAUGCAGCAGCACGUCUGGUCUUUAAUGAGCCUAAGAGAGCACAUGUUACACCACUCUUUGUCUCUCUCCACUGGCUGCCAGUUCAUGCACGUAUUAAAUUCAAGGCCCUGAUGCUGGCUUUAAAACAGUCACUGGGUCUGCUCCAGCAUACCUAAAAACAUUUAUGCAGAGCUACGUUCCCACCAGAAUCCUGUGGUCAGCUAAGGAAUGUCACCUUGUCGUAACAAAACAAAGAGGCACCAAAACACUUUCCCGGGCUUUCAGUUUCAUCAUACCACGGUGGUGGAAUGACCUUCCCAACUCAAUCCAACUCAAUUAUUUACAUUUCUUGUUGCACUUAAAUCUGUUUUGUAUACUAUUCUGAUGAUAGUGAAACUUUGUAAUAUGGCACUUUUUGUACCACUGUCUCCCUAAGAUGAUUCGCUGAUGUUUUUUCCUCUUUUGUAAGUCGCUUUGGAUAAAAGCGUCUGCCAAAUGAAUAAAUGUAAAUGUAAUCAUUGAAAUAAUCUAACAUAACUUUAUA